AUGGUAUUUCCAGAAGACCACCCACCUUGGUGGUGUACACAUGAUGAGAAACUGCUGCUGGUGCCUCACAACAACUCGGGACAGCUUUGCAACGGCUCCAUUAGCUCAGCUGCAGAUAACAAAAAGAUAAAGCUCCGUCUGGCAGCAAAGAAAGCUCAUGAAGAGUAUUUGAGGCGUAUAAAAAGCCAGAGCCAAGACUCACCUGAACUUACCCCACCAGACAACCAGUCAACAGAAACACUAAACCAUGGGAAUAUUAGUACAGUUUGGCCAAGACAAUCAUUGGAGGAGCCUCUGGCAGCCAUUGGAAGCAGGAGUGGAAUGGCCACUACUUUUCAAACCGACACAAAGAACGCACUUGAAAAAGUCUCUGAUGCAAUCUGGACCCCCCAACCAGGAGGUGGCUACAUGUACCACCAGCUUGACCAAACCACUCAAGACAGGUUUGCUGCAAUAAAAGCCUGUCUUGUCAAUUAUCUUUGUCCAGACACCAAGGGGUUCAUGGUUGAGUCCCUGAUUGCAGCACGGGGUCAAUGCAGAACACCAACAUAUGCACAAUCAAUUCAAAGGUGGAUCCAACAACUCAUUGCAACUGGAGACUUACCAUAUUUUAAACAUGGGUGGUGGAAUGUCCCCCUAUUGGGGGAUGAGGACAUUGGGCAUGAAAUUAAAGCCCAUCUUCAAGAGGUUGGGAAGCAAGCCUGUGCCAAAGCCAUUGUCAAUUUCUUUUCAGAUACAGAGACUCAAACUUGCCUAGGUGUCUCAAAACCAAUCAGUCUACGCACAGCGCAGCAUUGGAUGUCCAAAUACAGGGGUUUCCGUUGGCAGAAGGAGCCCAAGGGGCAGUAUUUUGAUGGACACAAACAAGCCAAUGUGGUUGACUAUUGCCAAAAAACCUAUGUUCCAUUCAUGCAGGAUAUUGAACAACUCACCGGAGUAUACAACAAGAAAGGCACAUUGGAUCCCCAACAUCCUAUCCUGCUGCACCCAGGAGAGAAGCCAACAAUUGUGUGGUUUCAUGACAAAUCAGUCUUCUUUGCCAAUGACCGUUGGCUUGUGCAUUGGUGUUACACCCUCAAGAAUUAUACCAUUGGAUUCGUCUAA